GUAGCUAGAUGCAUGUACAAAAUUGUUAAAUAUACAUGUAAUUUAUCAUUACAUUUGUAUAAUGUCAAAAGUGUAUAGUGUUCAGUUAUAACUGUUCUGAAGGCAAGGUAUGUAGAAGAAAUUAAAAAGAAAAACAUGCUAAUAUACAUUUUAUAACUUACAUCAAAGUUUUAUUACAUACAGUAGUUUCUGGUCAUAUUAUCUUGUUUUAACCCUUUCUAUAUCAAUAAUUUAAUGUUGAUAGUGAAGAAUGUAUAAUCAUGACAUGUUCUUUGUACCUAAUAAGGUUGUAUUGAAUGUUCUUGAAACAAAAAAUAGAAAGGAGCAUGCUAAAGAAAACAAAUUCUACCACCAUUUCAAUGAUAAUUUGAAUUCUAAAUAAGAUAAAUUUUUAUCACAAUAAGGUAUAAGACUAGAAAGUAUACCUAAGUCAUAAUAAAUGUCACAAAGAACCUUUGUAAAUAACCCCCUUAUCUUAGCUUUACAAAAGUUGACUUUGGAUAAAAAUUACUUGAAAUAGAUGUAACUUUCUGAUAGUAGAUUAAUUUUCUAUUCUUUAAGUGGUUAUUGAGCUACAUUGUAAUAAACAUAAUAAUAUUAAAAAUAAGCAUAAGUACAUACAUUUUAUAAUUUUAGAAUAGAUUAAUAGAAGUAUUCUUGAUGCAGUAAUAUUGUGAGAAAUUAAUCAGAAAUUAAAUUUUAAUUAAGCUUAUGGUUAGUGUCUAAUUAUAAUAAAAUUGAGUAAGAGCAAGUUAUAUAGGGUCAGGAUAGAUCAUACAAAUUGAAUCAGUUAAAUGGAAUAUUUUUCCAAAUGGUGAAUUUAAACAUAUGUACUUAUUAACGACGAAUUCGUAUUAAAUAAGUGUAGUAAUAACGAAUAAGUAUUGUCGUUCGCCAAUCUCCGUGUUAUCAGUGUCGUUUUAAUUUUAAUAUAAAAUCCCAUAAAAGAGUUGGAACUAACCUAUAAUCAAUUUUCAUUCAAUAUCGUCAGAACUGUGGAUAGCAAAUAAUAAACAAUAGCAAAAAGCAAUAAGCAAACUGAUGUUGUAGGUUAUCUAGCAACUUAUCGAAGAUUGUGUUAUUUACAGUUUACAUAACAUCGCGUUUGUAAUAAUUAUUACUACUAGGUCCUUACAAAGGAAUACAAGCAUUUACACAUAUUGUUUUGUAUGUUGUCUCUAUACGUUUAAAUAUUUUUGUCAUCAAAUUUGUAAUACAAUAUAAUUAUUAAAGCAUGUCAAGUCUACCAAAAAUUGUGGUUGUUGGAUCCUGCUCCGUCGAUUUCACUACUUAUGCACCAAAACUACCUAACCCUGGAGAAACAAUUCAUGGUACAAAAUUUACAACAAGUUUUGGAGGUAAAGGAGCAAAUCAAUGUGUUGCGGCCGCUAAAUUAGGUGGCAAUACCUAUAUGAUAUGUAGAGUUGGGGAUGAUGAUUGGGGUGGUAAAUACAAGGAAAAUCUCAAAAGCUUUGGUAUUGAUGUUACUCAUACAAAGACAACAACAGAUAGCACUACUGGAAUCGCUCAAAUAACUGUUUCAUCUAAUGGGGAAAAUCAAAUUGUUAUUGUGGCUGGUGCUAAUAAUCACCUUAAUAAAUCUGAUAUUCAAGGUGCUCUAAGUCUAAUAAAAAAUGCAGAUAUUAUAAUUAGUCAAUUAGAAACACCUGUCGAUACUACGUAUGAAGCGUUCAAGCUGUGUAACGGAAUCAAGCUUUUAAAUGCAGCGCCAGCGAGAACAGACAUUAAAAAUCUUUUAGAGUUAUGUACUGUGCUGUGUGUAAAUGAGCCUGAAGCUUCUCUAUUAGUAGGUUUCGAAGUAAAUUUAUCCAAUAUAAAAUUAGCCCUGAAGGAAUUAUUAGAUACAGGGUGUAAAAUUGCAAUUAUAACUUUGGGUGAUAAAGGAGCAGCAUAUUCAAGCAGUAAUGAUAGUCAAUGUAUUCAUAUACCCUGUGAAAAAGUAAUACCUGUUGACACCACGGGUGCUGGUGACGCUUUUGUUGGAGCACUAGCAACUUUUCUUGUAACACAAAAGGAUCGCGCCAUACAUCAAAUAAUUGGUGCCGCGUGUGAUGUUGCCAGUAAAUCUGUAAUUAAUGAAGGCACACAAUCAAGUUUUCCGGAUAAAUUUAUCUGUCAAGAAAAUUAUAAAUACACCGUUUUGUAGAUCACAAUAUAAUAUGAAAAUGUACUAAUAUAUAAAAAUGAUGGU